ACCUUCACUGAUAAGGAGGUAAACAUUAACUCAGACACAUGUGGAGAAGACGAAACGUUUUACUCCAGAGGGAAACAUGGCGACGAGGUUCUGCGCGCGGCCUGGACUGUGCAGGACUUUGGUGAAGUGUCGCCAUGACGCGCGGUGUUUUUCGGAGGACGACAGAGGUUGGUUCCGUUCUGUGUUUGUUCAUAAAGUGGAAAGUAGAAAAGAUGCUCACUCCAACCUCCUGUCGAAGAGAGAAACCAGCAGCCUCUACAAAAUACAGUUUCAUAACGUCAAACCCGAGAGGCUGGAAGCGUACAACAGUCUGGAGGCAGAGGUGCAGAGUAAACUCCAUCAUGACGAGGAUUAUCCGUGCGAGGUGGUGGGCAGCUGGAACACUUGGUACGGGGAGCAGGAUCAGGCGGUGCAUCUGUGGAGAUACAGAGGGGGGUAUCCAGCUCUGACCCAGUGUCUGGAGAAACUGAAGAAGAACAAGGAGUAUUUGGAGUUUAGGAAAGAACGAGCGACGAUGCUGAACUCCAGGAGAAAUCAGCUUCUGUUAGAAUUCAGUUUCUGGAACGAACCGCUGCCCAGACCCGGACCCAACGUUUAUGAAAUGAGAACGUAUCAUUUAAAGCCCGGGACCAUGAUUGAAUGGGGAAACCACUGGGCCAGAGCCAUUAAAUACAGACAAGAAAACAACGAGGCCGUGGGAGGAUUCUUCUCUCAGAUCGGACACCUCUAUGUCGUCCAUCAUCUGUGGGCCUAUGAAAAUCUGCAGUCACGAGAAGAGACGAGGAAUUCAGCGUGGCAGAAGGAGGGAUGGGACGCCAGCGUCUCCUACACGGUUCCUCUGAUCAGGAGAAUGGAGUCUCGAAUAAUGAUCCCCACAAAGACCUCACCCCUGCAAUAACAGAGGAGAGGAACGAGAGGAACGAGAGGA